AUGGCACUGAGCCGCGUGUCCCUCCGCAACUGCGCACUCCCUUCCGCCUCCGAACCGCGUUCCCAUUGCCAUCCCCUUCCCCUCCAUCCCCUCUCCCUAUCCAACAUGCCCUCCUCCCCGCCUCGUCAAUCCCAACGCUCCCCGCCAAUCGGCGCACUCUCCGCUCCUUCCGUGCCCGCUGCCCCCCGCGCACCGUCCGCGUCCAACGCCGCCUCGCCCUCAUCCUCCGCCUCCGCGGUCGCCAAGGCAUGGGACUCCAUACUGGGCUCAGACUCCCCCCCCCACUCCCCCACCUCCCCCGCGCCCGUCUCCCCCUGCGGUGGCGCCGGCGGGGGAACCAGUGCUGACGUGGCAAGUAUCCUGGAGCAGAUCUGCCCGUGGAACGCGGUGGAGUUUGGGUAUCCGGGAUCUCUUAAUUACCGGUCGUUGCUGCUGGAUUUUCAAGGGCAGUUAGUGUCGCCUUGGCACCACGUGCCGUUGCACGCUAAGAACGGCGCGCUUCACUUUGUGUGCAAGACGCCGCAGGACUCGUGGGUGCGCUACGAGACCGCUAAGGCGGAGGAUUUCACCCCCAUCCGCGUCGAGCGCGCGGCUUCCGCGGGUCCUUCCGCCGCUGGCGCGAGCGACUGCGCGGGGGCGGGGAGUGGGGCGAGCGCGCAAAGGGAAGGGGAAGCGGAAGGCGCGGGUGGUGAGGUUCACGUGAGGGGCACGGGGGGAGGAGCGGAAGGGAAGCCAGUAGGGCAAAAGGUUCCUCGUUAUAGAGGGCUGCAUUAUGCGGAGAACUCGAUAUUCAACAUCGGGUUCUUGCCGCAGACUUAUGCAGAUCCCGAGCAGCCUGUUAGGGCGGAUCUAGACCUUCUCGCGAGCAUGGCGGGCGGCGCAGGGGGGGCUGGGGGGGAAGGGGAGGAGUGGGGAGAACAGGGAGGGGCAGGAAGCGGGAGCGGCAACGAUGCGACGGGGUGUGAGAGGGCGGAGGUGGAAGAGGAUGGUAACCAGGUAAACCCUUCGUGGCGCCCGUCACUCCUGGUGAACGACGGGAAGCCUCUAGAGGCUAUCGAGAUCGGCUUAAAACGGAUGCGCACUGGGGAGGUCUGCUCCGUGCUGCCCGUGGCCGUGUUUGCAGUGAUAGAGCCCCGCGGCGAGGCGGACGACGGGGGGAACGGGCGCGAGGGGGAAGGUGAGAGGGAAAGAGUGAAAGUGAUGGGGAGCGAGGGAGAACAGCCUCAGCAGCAAGGGCAGCAGCAGCGGGGAACGCACGAGCAGCAGCAGCAGAGGCAGCAGCAGGAGCAGCAGCAGAGUGGGGUGCGGGGAAGGCGCGUGGUGUCGUGGAAGCUGGUGGUGGUGUCAACGGAAGAUGCUCUGGCGAGCACGCUGCAGGGCAUGCACGCGCCCAUCCCCGUGCUCGCUGGCGUGCUCGAGCAGAUCCAGGAGUGGCUCCGCUUCUGCACCUGCGUGCUACCAGGUACACUCGCCCUCUCCCGCCCCUCUCCCUCUCUCUCGCACGCUCCCUUUUUGACCCCCUCCCUCACUCCCUCCCUCCCUCCCUCCCUCUCUCCCUCCCUCCCUCGCUCCCUCCCUCCCUCCCUCCCUCCCUCCCUCCCUCGCUCGCUCGCUCGCUCCCUCCCUCCCUCCCUCCCUCCCUCCCUCCCUCCCUCCCUCCCUCCCUCCCUCCCUCCCUCCCUCCCUCCCACCCGCAUCUUCUUCACACCCCUCUAA